UCUUCUGUAUUGGUUCUCCGUUUGCCGUUUGUUUACAUCCAAUCAAGCGAGUAGCACGAGGACGCGCUGCUGGAAUGGACACUGCAAAUCAGGUCAGUAAAUGCGCUUUUAUUUAACAGUGUAAUUGCCUUCUGAAUUAAAAUGCAUCAAACUAAAAAUAUGAUUAUGGUCUACUUUUGUGUCUUUGCAGCUUGCAUCUGCGGGAACCUUCCAGGUGCUUAAACUACCUCUGGGAUUUAUCCGUGUUUUGGAAUGGCUUUUUGCUAUAUUUGCCUUUGCAACAUGUGGAGGCUACUCUGGGCAGCUGCGAGUUAGUGUGGACUGCAUGGAGAAGGCCAGCAGCAACCUCAGCAUUGCCAUUGACUUUGCUUAUCCUUUCAGGUUGCACCAAGUGUCAUUUGAAGCGCCCAUGUGUGAGGGCAUGAGGAGGGAGCAACUCUUUCUCAUUGGAGACUAUUCAUCGUCUGCUGAGUUCUUUGUUACGAUUGCGGUCUUUGCUUUUCUCUACUCCCUUUUCGCCACUGUCGUCUACAUCUUCUUCCAGAACAAGUACCGCGAAAACAACCGAGGACCACUAAUUGAUUUUGUUGUGACCGUUGUCUUCUCCUUCAUGUGGCUUGUCAGCUCAUCAGCUUGGGCCAAAGCUCUGUCUGAUGUCAAGCUAGCUACAGAGCCAGCUGAGGUCCAGCUCCUCAUCUCUGCCUGCAAGGACCAGACAAAUAAAUGUGGCUCUGUGCAAGAACCACGCUGGUCUGGACUCAACACCUCAGUGGUGUUUGGAUUCCUCAACUUUGUUCUCUGGGCUGGAAACAUCUGGUUUGUCUUCAAGGAGACUGGUUGGCACAAGGGUGCUGGCAGGUUUGUGGGCGGGGUUUCUGAGAAGCAGACUGGUAGUGUUAAUGAGCAGCCCUACAACCAGGGCAGCUUUGAUCAGUCAGGGAGCUACAACACCCAGGGAGACCUCGACCAGCCGUCUGAGUACAGUCAGGUCGGUGGUCCCUCCUCUUACGCCCAUCAAAUGUAGUUUGCCUUUUUAUACCUUGAGUGGUACAUCUGCAUUUUGAACAUGGCAAUGGGUGGGGAAAAAUGACCGGGAAGAGUUUGCACCCUAUGAAUAAAGGUUUUGUCAGGUUUCUUUUUUUAACUGCUUCUAGUUCUUUUUGUUUUAUUGAGAGGGUGGGUAUUAUCUUUCUUCUUGUUUGGAUUAUAUCUAUGUAUUUGCUUGGUCAUAUAUAUAUUUUUGAAGUGUGGACAUUGUCUGUUUGUAUAUUCUGAAAUUUGGAAAUAGUGUUGACUGUGUGCAUGAUACCAUGAUCUUUGUAAAAAAAAAAACUUAAUUAGAUUAGCCAGCAUGGCAUAUUUGGAAUUUAUUUUACAGUAUGGUUAGUUUUUUAACUAAGAGAAAGUGUGUUUUAUUUCAUGUAGUAUCUAUAUGGUAACUUUAUAACUCAUGUUUAGACAAUGUAGGUAAUUUUGUUUUGAUCAUUUUGUUCCCCUUAAGUUCACAAGUGGGUGCUCUUGCAACAAUUUACUGAAUGUUGUCCAUGCUUGUGUCAGAGUUGUAACAGAAAAAAAAAAACCCACACAUGAAGUAAGGUUUAGCGCUAUUAAAGCAUGCAGACGUGUCAAAACCGGACCCAAAAAAGUGUUGGGUUUUUAUAUACAAAGGUAGCUACGUUUUUAUUAUAAACUGACAAUCAAUGAAGUUUGUGUUUAUUUAAAGAGAUGAUACUCAAAGAGACUGAGAUAAUGCCUGUUGCAAGGAAUACAACAAUUGCAACCCUUAUUGUUGAUUUCUAUGCAUGCAUGUGGUAAUAAAACAGCUCCCGAUGCAAAAAUGUGUAAAA